GUCCGGCCGGCGCGGUGCCCUGCCAGGGCCCAGCGGUGGUGCCCGCCUCCGGGCCUCAGGCGGCGGCUGGCAGCCCCGGUACGGCGGCACGGGGCGGCAGCUGGCGCAGCGCCGCCCGCGCGGGAAGGCAGGCGGGAGAUGCCGAAGCUGCGCGGAGAGGCCUUCUGGAGGGAGACGCUGCGGAGCGCCCACUAUGUGGUGGCGCCCAUGGUUGACCAGAGUGAGCUGGCCUGGAGGCUGCUGAGCCGCCGCCACGGCGCCCAGCUCUGCUACACGCCCAUGCUGCACGCCCAAGUCUUCCUCAGAGACGCCAACUACCGCCGCGAGAACCUGUACGGCGAAGCCUGCCCCGAGGACCGCCCGCUCAUCGUGCAGUUCUGUGCCAAUGACCCUGAAGUGUUUGUCCAAGCAGCGCUGUUGGCUCAGGAUUAUUGUGAUGCCAUAGACCUAAAUUUGGGUUGCCCCCAGAUGAUUGCAAAAAGAGGUCACUAUGGGGCAUUUCUGCAAGAGGAGUGGGAUCUUCUUCAAAGAAUGAUUUUGCUGGCUAACGAGAAGCUCUCUGUGCCCAUCACCUGCAAAAUCCGCGUUUUCCCAGAGAUUGCCAAGACGGUGAAGUAUGCACAGAUGCUGGAGAAAGCUGGCUGCCAGCUGCUGACGGUGCAUGGCCGAACUAAAGAGCAGAAAGGACCACUUGCUGGCGUGGCAUCUUGGGAGCACAUUCAAGCCGUCAGGAAAGCUGUAAAGAUUCCUGUGUUUGCAAAUGGAAACAUCCAGUGCCUCAGGGACGUGGAGGAAUGCAUCCGUAAGACAGGAGUGCACGGUGUCAUGAGUGCAGAAGGUAAUCUUCAUAACCCAGCUUUGUUUGAGGGCCGAAACCCAUUGGUGUGGGAAAUGGCUGAGGAGUACCUGGAGAUAGUGCAGAAGCACCCUUGUCCGCUGUCUUACGUGAGGGCUCAUCUCUUCAAGCUCUGGCAUCACACGCUUCAAGUUUACCAGCAGCUGCGUGAUGAAUUAGCAAAAGUGAAGACUCUAGAGGGCAUUGUAGAUGUCAACAGGGAGCUGAAACUACGAUGCCAGCUUGAAGUGUUAUUUGGAGCAUUUCCUGAGAACUCCAGGGACACUGACUGGAACUCUGUGCUGCAGGAAGAAAUAGCAAAUCAGAAAGAAGGAGAAAAGCCAAAAGAAGGGUUGCCUUUUUUCCACUGGAUCUGUCAGCCAUAUGUCAGGCCAGGGCCAAAAGAGAGAUGCAAGGAGAAUGGAAGCAGUGAGUCUGACAAAUGUGUGCGAGGGAAGCGUGCUUUGGAAGAGGAGGAAGAUGGAAAUUCUGAGCUUCUGUCAAAGAAUAAACAAAAAAAGAAGUUAAGAAACCCAAAUAAAAGCUUUGAUCCAUCUUUAAAACCCAAAUAUGCAAAAUGUGACCAGUGUGGAAACCCAAAGGGCAAUAAAUGUGUGUUUAACAUGUGCCGAGGCUGCUGCAAGAAAAGAGCAUUCAGAGAGACUGCGGACUGCCCAGGUCAUGGAUUACUUUUUAAGACCAAAUAUGAAAAAUCCCUUUCAUGGCAGAGUAGUCAAAGAGUAAUUCAGAACCCAGAGGUCAGUCGGAGAGGAGAUGUAGCUGCGGGGGAGGCUGCUGUGCUGCAGGAGGCUGGUGACAGUACUGUGUGAAGCUUUGGAACUGAAGGUAAAGAGCUCCUGCCAGGCCUCUGCUUCCCUGGGCCAAAGAACACAUCGUCUCCAGCUCCCCAUCAGCUGUGUGAACUCGUUCCACAGGUUUAGUUUAAGUUCUGGGAAAUUUUUAUUUAAGUAAAAGCAAGCUGCUUACUCAGGGACUUGUCCUGCAUUUGAAAUAAAAAAAGGAUGCAAUUCAA